AUGAAUGCCCCAGCCAAUGACAAAGAAGAUCAUGGCGAGGUAUUCCUCGAUGAAAAUGACUUCAUACAGGAAAUCACUGUAGACAAAGAAGGUCUUCCCGAUGUUGAUGGCGAAGGAGGAUCCGAUGCUGAAGCAAUUGUUGUGUAUUUGUUGGAGGUGGUGUCUGGUGAAGCUGGUGAUUCCAUUCGCAUAUUUAGUGUUCAUACUUACCUUUUAGCAUCCAACUAG